GGCCCUCGAUGGAUGACAGGAGCUGGAGGAGAACAAACUAUCCAUGAGGAAAAGCUACUGAGCUGCUCCUGGAAAAGGACGUUUGGAAAGCAAGGUUGACCUCUACUGCUUCCUCUUCCCUUCUCCUUACGCUCCCAGCAAACGAUGGCCUCAGAUGUCGGCGUGAAUGAGCGUUUUCAAAGCCAGUUUAAGGCCCUCCAGGAGCACCAGCAAAGGAGGCUGCAAAAUCUGAUGGCAAAGAAGAAGGAGAAGCAGAAUUGCCAGAAGGGCAGCAGUGGUGACACGGCAGGGGCUUUCGGGAGCCAGAAUAACCUAAAUCUGCUUGAAAUUGGACAUCCUGAAAAUGAUGAUGUCAGCAAAAGGUUGCUUGAGACUGAGAAUGAACAACUCCAGGAUCAGCUUCGAGAAGUCAGAGAUGAGAAUGGGAGACUGUACAAACUGGUGAGAGAGAAAGAUUUUGAAAUAAAACAACUCCAGAAGAAAAUCCAGGAGGACAAACUGGCUCUGUCAGGGACAUCUGGUUUAGCUGGGGAUAUUGCAGCUACUAAAAUAGUUGAAUUGGCCAAGAAGAAUCGGGAGAUAACUGCUGAGACCGAGAGUGAAAAAGCCAAAGUGAAGCAACUGAAUAACAGAGUCAAAGAGCUGGAGCGAGAACUACAGGCAGCCAUGGGAAAAAUCCAUGCUCUUGGUGGUGGUGACUCAGGAGUCAAACAGUCUACUCUGAAGAUGAUAGAAGAAAACUUGGCUGAAAGUCCAGAGGUGAAGGCCUUGCAAGAAAAACUAACUGCAGCUAAUUUCAAAGUGAUGGAGUAUCGUAAUCAGCUCCAAGCCACAAAACAAGAACUGAAGAUGACUCAGAAGCUUUUAGCAAAUGAAGUUGGUGAAGAUGUGAGUAUUCAGAGUCUCCUGAGCCAUUCUGGCAGCUGGCGUGGACGAGCCCAGCAAAUCCUGCUUCUCCAAGGCAAGGUUCGAGAACUGGAGAGUCGCCUGUGUCAAAACAAAAGCAAAACGUCAGCAACUGAAAUGGAUGAUGAACUCCUGGCACUUACUGAUCCAAGGAAGUUGCCAGUCCAAGAGAAGAACUUGUUGAAGAUUCGCAGCUUGGAAAAAGAAAAGAAAGAAGCCUUGGAGAAACUCUCUGGGGAAUAUGAUGCUCUCCAAAAAGAUCACGAGGAGGUGAAAAAAAAACUUGAUGCCUCAAAAGCCAGGAACAAAGUGCUGUGCAGCGAAGUGAAAACGCUGAAGGGACAGAUCGUAACCCUGCUGGAGAAGGGCAAACACGAUGACGAGCUCAUCGAUGCUUUGCUGAGCCAGCAGAAGCAAAUGCAGGAGAUUUUAAUGCACCUGAGCCAACAGGAUGAGAAGAACAAGGAGUCCCAGCAGAUGCUAGGGCAGCACUUGAACAGCGAGGCUCAGAAGCAAAACUGCCUUAUAGAGCAGCUCAAACAGAUGGUGGCUGAGCGAGAAGCAAAGGUUAAAGAACUGGAAGAAGAGAUUGGGCAGCUCACACUACAGAAUAAAUCUGCCCAUCAAGGAGACAGCUCAGGAGUCGCUGCUUUAUCACCCUUUGAGCACUCAGAAGAUACAAGUUUUACUCUACUGAGGACCCUGGCAUCAGGCAGUGAUGAGGUUGGAAGGACUGGAUCUGCUCGCACCGUGUCCAGGAUGGGUCAUACGCUUGUGGAGUCGCCAGCUACCAAACCUUCCCCCUGCUGUAAUAGCAUCACACCUGCAAGGCUCGCCGGGGCUGGCAGCCCGGCCUGGCGCGCGCUGCACAGCCGCAUCGCGGAGCACAGGGCGCUGUGCCAGGCCGCCGAGGUGGAGCGGGACCGGCUCCUGGGGCUCGUCUCCGUGCUGCAGAAAAGGGUGGAGGAAACCAGUGAUAAGGUUUUGGAAGCUGAGAAGAAGCUUCAAGAAGAGCGGCGUCGAUGUCUCGCUUUGGAGCAGCAGCUUGAAAAACUGAAAGUGGAUCCAGGGAAGAACAUGAGUGCCCAGAAAUCUGUCCCGAGGAGCAAGGCAGGUCAGCCCACUAAUCAGUCUAGACUCACCUGGGACGUGAGCAAUAAAGAGCUUUCUCCAGCCCAGCUCUCCAAGCUGCCCCUGGAAUCACAGAUUCAAGAGCUGAGCACAAGGCUUGUGAUCCAGCUGGAUGAGAAUGAAGCUCUGAAGGCUGCUUUGGAAACUGCUGUGAGAAUGAAAGAGGAAGACUUUAAACUGUACCAAGACACAAUGGACCAAGUGAAGGAGAUCUUUCUGCAGGCCCUUCGGCAGCAGAAACAGGAGAAGAGUUAAGCAAGAUAUUUGGAAUCCUUCGGACUGCCAAGGAGAGCCUUGGCAUUAUGCCCAUGAAUGGAAACGCAGCGUAAGAGUAGUUUUGCAGCAUCCGAUCAUGCCAUUUCCUUAGCAUUUGCAGGAGAGGAUGAGAAAUGGUGUUGGGCAGAAGUAUAAAAUCAAUGAAGAUUUUGCAUUUCGGCAAGUUCUGUCUGGAAAACUUAACAAGCAGCUCUCAGCCUGCACGUGCUACAGCUUGCUGGAGCUGAGGAAGCUGCAGCUCUGCAAAACUUCCCCUAGUUCCAGCAGAAUUUUCCUAGAGAGUGCUCAGUGCCUACUAUGCUGCUGCCUUUAUCUGCAUGUGUAAGAAUUUGCCCUACAAAACUUACGGCAGCCCCUUUCCAAAGCUACGGCAGGAGCAAGUUGAGUUGACUUUUUAUCAGCACACUGAUACCUGUCUGUGAGGCUUUUCUGCAGCACUUAAGUGCUGCAGGAGUAGAUUAGCCUGACCUGGGGAUAUGUGCAAGUGAACUUCGUGGAGACUCCACAGAGCAUCUGGCCUGUUUCUGUGCCUGAAUGUGUUAGCAGUGAUGAGAGCUUUCC